ACGCCAUGGUUUUGGAGACAGGAAUACUGGCUACCUCCGGGGAUCACGUGGGAGGACAUGCAGGAGACGGAGGACAUCCGCUAUCCACAACCCCAUCACCUCCUGCUCUGCCUCCCCAUCGCUCUCCUGCUGGUCGCCCUCCGGUUCUUCUUCGAAAGGAAAAUUGGUGUCUCCUUGAGCAAACGACUAGGUUUGCGAGAAAAGGUGAGGCGGAUACCUUCUCUGAACCCCACCCUGGAAGCUUUUUACAGGAAACGGAGGAAAACUCCCACCAAGGAAGACCUCAGCACCUUAGCCAAGCAGUGCAACCUGCAACCAAGACAGGUAGAGAGGUGGUUCCGAUACAGGCUGAAUCAGGACCGGCCCAGCUUGACCAAGAAGUUCUGUGAAACCAGCUGGAGGGCCACCUACUAUGCCACUUCCUUCUGCAUGGCGCUGGCCAUCCUUUACAACAAGCCCUGGUUGUGGGAUCUCCGUGAAUGUUGGGUUGGGUACCCCCAGCAG